UGCUCACCACCAAAGCACAAGUCACAGUAUCCGCGUCCAUUGUUUUUUGGGGGGGAUCUGUUUGACGUUGUGAGAUCUUUACUGGUGUUGAUGAUUUGAGCAUAGGAUUCAGGCUCUGCGUGUUCCUCAGUAUAAUCGAGUAAUCUGACAGGUAUGUGACAUCAUGAAGAUGAAUAUGAGGUUUAAUGCAACCCAGUCUUCUCCGUCACACUUUCACUCAUGCCGUAUAUAGUAUCAUGUAUUUUAGCAUAUCUAUGUUUUAAGCCGCUAUGUGUCACCCUAGCCAGAUGAUCCAGUGAUGGACAGCUCCUCGACUAAGCGUUUUUGCAGAAGUGGAAUAGAUAUGAUGAGAAAAUCAUCCAAGCUGUCAAUAUAAGCAACAAAUCAACUCUGAUUUUCCUCUCUUCAGUCUACCUCUGACAUGAUCAGCCAUCAGUAACCCAUCAACUCAGGCUGACAACAAAGCUUCCUUUGUGACUCUUGGGAGAAGGGGGAGAAGCUUCAAAUCCCAUCAGGAGUGUUGUGAGGUUAGUGGCGAGCGGGCUGCUGGGUGCCGAAUGCAGAACAUCCUCGAGCAGAACUUGGACAUGGCCACGGCUCUGCUUGCGGGUGAGAAGCUGAAGGAGUUGAUCCUGCCGGGUUCCACACAGGAUGAGAAGGGCGGUGUGCUGGCGGGUCUCAUGGUGCAGCUCAAACUAGAGUUGCCCUUUGACCGGGUUGUGACCAUAGGAACUGUCAUCAUCCCUAUACUGCUGGUCACAUUAGUUUUUACAAGGAACUUUGCAGAGGAAUCUAUAUAUUGCUACACCCCACACAACUUCACACGUGACCAGGCCCUGUAUGCCAGAGGCUACUGCUGGACAGAGCUUCGGGAUGCAGUUCCUGGCGUCGACCCUCAGCUUCGGCCCUCCUUGUUUGAGCACAAGUUUCUGCCCUACGCUCUGCUGGCCUUCGCAGGCAUCAUGUACAUACCUGCCCUGGGAUGGGAAUUCCUGGCCUCCACUCGGCUCACCUCAGAGCUCAACUUCCUCCUUCAAGAGAUCGACAACUGCUACCACAGGGCAGCCGAGUGCAGAGCCCCCAAGAUAGAAAAGCAGAUCCAGUCCAAAGGGCCGGGGAUUACGGAACGUGAGCGACGGGAGAUCAUUGAGAACGCAGAGAAGGAGAAGAGCCCUGAGCAGAACCUGUUUGAGAAGUAUCUUGAGCGCCGCGGGCAGAGUAACUUUCUGGCUAAGCUGUACCUGGCGCGACAUUUAGCCAUCAUCUGCCUCAGCUCAAUACCCAUAACGUACCUGAGCACUUACUACUCCCGUCAGAGGCAGAAUGAGUUCACUUGCGCGCUUGGCGAACCGCCCGACACUAGCAGCAUCCCUGAACUGCGGCUAAAUGUUAACUGCAAGCUACCAGCCGUGCAGCUCCAACGCAUUAUGGCCGCAGUGGACAUAGCUUUGUUGUGUACUAUGAACCUCAUUAUCCUUGUGAACUUGCUGCAUUUGUUUGUAGUGCGCAAGUCAAAUUUUGUCUUCAACAAGCUGCACAAGGUUGGCAUUAAAACACGCCGCCGCUGGCAGAAGUCACAGUUUUGCGACAUUAACAUUCUGGCCAUGUUCUGUAAUGAGAACAGAGACCACAUUAAGUCUCUCAACAGACUUGACUUUAUCACCAACGAGAGUGACCUAAUGUAUGAUAAUGUGGUGCGGCAGCUGCUGGCAGCGUUGGCUCAAUCCAACCAAGAUGCCACUCCAACUGUGAGAGACUCUGGGAUCCAGACUAUUGAUCCCAGUAUGGACCCUUCAGUAAUAGGUGUGGGAGAAUUGGGAGGAGAGCCCUUAGUAAUCAAAAGACAGCGCAAGAAGAUCAAGUGGAUCCCCUCAUCUAACCCUCUGCCACAGCCUUUUAAGGAACCCUUGACUCUUACCAGACUGGAACACAGCAUAAAAGCAGAGAAACCUAAACCAGUCAGAAGGAAGAAUGUACCAGAUAGCAUUAUUGCUCCACUUCUGGACAGCAAGAGCACACAAUAUCCUCCUAACAAAGCUGCAGAAACAAAUAAUAUAGAGAAGAAACAGACUCUUAACCUCUCGCUGGAUGUUCAUCCUUAUAUGCUAACCAUCCAGAAAGCAAAAAAAGAAGCGGUCAAUCCUGAGCAACCCCCUGUUGUUGAGCACUCUCUCAGUAAUGUGUAUAUUGAGGGUCCACAUACAGUUGUACAUGUCUCAUCUUCUCAUACUGAGAUGAAAGAGUCUCCUCCACUGUCCACCACCACUGCCUUCUCCACAGACACCCUCUCCACAGCAUCAUAUAUGAAUGGUGGAACUCCCAGCAUGCCUCCUCCAGAUUUUCAGAAGGUUGAAGAUCCUCUCGACCAGGAGACAGAGCCUGAGAGCCAGCCCGGGCCUUUUAGUCGGAACCCCUCACACCCGAUGCUGAGCAUCCAUCACACCUUGUAUGAGGACGAGGAUGAGCAGAAUAGAAGGGACAGACUAGCCAGACCGGGCGAGUUGAUUGCUGCUGGAGAGUGUUAAAGGAAAAUGCUGAUACACACCUGCACACACACAAAGGCAAAGGCACUUACAAUAUGAACUGGAGCACAAAGGAAUAUGCUGGUUUUUAGGGUUAUGUUAAUGGUUAUGCCAUUAAGGGUGGAGCUCAAACUAUUUCAUUUUCAGAGAUGAAGAUUAAUGGACAUUGGGACAGCCAAUGUUUAACAUAUUUUAUACUCUUAAAGGUGCACUUAAUUAUUUUUGUUUAUGUUAAACUGGAGUUUUCAGUUACUGGUGUAUUAUUAAAAACACUAUUAAUUUUUUAUAUGAAGUGCACCUUUCAAAAUAAUCUCCCAGCCUUACAUUCACAUACUCAGACGUGUGUAGUUUGAGGGGAAAUAAAAUCACCCUUGACCUUGGUGCUGUAAAGGAGUUGAGGCAGAAACCGAAGUAAAAUCCAUAUGCAGGGUUUAUUAAACAGUUCCAUAAAUCUGAACUCAGUGUCAGUAAAGACAAGCUGUGAGGUCGAUACACAAGGAGGCAGUGUGAACAGGCAAAAGGGCAACCCAAAAGAGUAGUCAAGAGAAACAGGAAUGUGGUGGCCAGGUUAAUAUGGCCGGCAAACAUAAAGUAGUUGCAGAAGAAGAGCUCACAGUCAAAACUCAGUCGAGAGCUCCCUUUGCUGGCCUGGUGUUACAGAACCCCACCCCCACCACCACCACCACACACACACCUCUAGAAGUGACUCCUGGUGAUCUACGUGGAUGUCCCCGUGGUCUUGACGUGGGAUGGUCUGGCUUGGCUCGUUGAAUUCCUCUAUGUGUGACGAGUCCAGAAUACAUCCAGCAGAGGUGAUGGCUCUUGGGACUCAGCAUUUGGUUCGACAUUCGGGUGGACUGGUUUGAGAAGCAAGAAAUAAAAAGAUUGAUAGAUGCGGUAGUUAGCAGGAAGCUCAAUAUGUUUUUAUACCUUGGGCUGAACUUCCUGCUCAGCAGAUGUAGCUUGAUGUCCCUGGUGGAGAGCCAUACCCUUUGUCCCGGUUGGUAGGGAGGAUGUGGAUGCCUUCUUCAGUUGGACUGUAGUUCUUGUACUCAUACAGCUCUUUGAAGAUGAACAUGAGGGCUGUCCCACACCCUCUCACUACAGCGUAUCCAAUCAUCAACUGCUGGAACAGAUAAGGGUACGCCAGACCAUGGGAACAAAGGGGGUGAUAUCCGAGCACUCAUUGAAAGGGGGUGAGUCUUGUAGAGGCUUGUAGAGGAAUUUUGAGCGUAUUCUGCCAAUGGUAGGAAUUCCUCCCACCGGUUUUGUUUCCGGCUGCAGUAAGAUCUUAAGUAUCUGCCGAUCUUCUGGUUCAGUCUAUCGACUUGACUGUUUGACUGAGGAUGAUGAAAAAUAUCUGGGAAGUGAACUGAGUUCCUUGAUCAGAGACAAUGUCUUAGGGUAAACCAUAGAUUCGUAAGACCUGAUGAAAUAACGCAUGAGCUGUCUCCAUGACAGUGGGUAAACCCUUAAGAGAAAUGAGGCAGCAAGACUUGGAGAAUCUGUCAGUGAUGACCAGAAUGGUUGUGAAAUCUUUGGGAGGGGGCAGAUCAAUCACAAAGUCAACUGACAGAUGGGACCAUGGGCAUUGAGGAAUAGGUAGUGGCUGCAGCAGAUGAUAUGAACCCAUUGCAUGACCCAUUUUCGUAUAUCCUGGGGAACAUAUUGUUUGUUGGGUGGGCACCUGGCAGGUGGAGGAUCCUGUUGAGUGGUCCUUUGAAUUUCCUCCAUAAUUUCCCAGUUUACAGGGAAAAUAAUGACUGAAGGAGGCAAGACGGGUUCUGGUGAAUGAUCUUGGAGGGGAGGAUCAUGGCACUUAGAGAGGGCAUCUGCUUUACUAAUCUUGCUUCCUGGACGAUAUGUGACAGUAAACUGGAAUCUUGAGAAGAAUAAUGACCAUCUGGCCUGAUGUGGAUUUAGUCACUUUUUACAUAUUCAAGGUUUUUGGGAUCUGAGAUAACCUGAAAUGGAUGAAUGGCUCCCUCCAGCCGAUGUCUCCACUCCUCAAUUGCAGCUUUCAUGGGCAGUAACUCCUUGUUACCAACAUCAUUGUUCCUCUCAGCAGAAGUAAGUUUCCUUGAAUAGAAAGCACAUGGAUACAACUAAGCUUUUUGACCAUGACAUUGCGAUAAUACUCCAAUACUACCAAUUCCACAGUCUGAAGCAUCCACCUCCACUACAUAUGGCAGGUUAGGUUCAGGGUUUUUCAAGAGAGGUGCCGAAGUGAAGCUUGAUUUGAGUUUUGUGAAAGUUUGACUAUCUUAACUUGGAUGGUUUCCCCUUCAGGAGAGAUGUCAAUGGUGAUGCAAUCAGGCUGUAGUUUCUGAUGAAAUGGCGAUAAAAGUUCACAAAACCUAGAAAUCGUUGAAAAUCCUUGAUUGUUGAUGGCUGAGGCCACUCCAUAACUGCCUGAAUCUUGGAAUUAUCAAUCUCAACUCCAUGAUUAUUUAUGUGAUAUCCUAAAAAAGUGGUGUUCUGUACAUGGAAUUCACAUUUUUCAACUUUCACAAAGAGCUGGUGUUCUUGAAGACGAGAGAGGAUGGUUCGAGCAUGUUUAACGUGUUCAUCUUCAGAAUUGGAAUAUACUGUAUAUGGAUGUCGUCUAUGUAGGCAGUCACAUAUCAAUGAAGAUUUCAUUGAUAAAUGACUGGAACAAAGCUGGGGCACUGGCUAGCCCAAAUGGCAUCAACAAGUACUCAUAGUGACCUCCCGUGGUGAGAAAAGCUGUCUUCCACUAAUCCCCUUAUUUGAUUCGAAUGAGAUCAUAUGCACUCCUCUAGCUUGGUGUAAAUCUUAGCCUCUCGAAGCUGUUCUAUUGUGGCAGGAACAAGUUGAAGAGGAUAGCGAAAUUUUACAGAAACAUUGUUGAGAUCUCGAUAAUCAAUGCAAGUCCUCAACCAAGAAGAACCCUGAUAUUGCUGGAGCGGUAGAGGGCCUAAUAAAACCUAGGUUCAAAGCCUCUUCAACGUAAUCUUCCAUUGCCUUUGAUUCAUGGCGUGAUAGUGGGUAUACCUACCUCUUGGGUGGCAUGGCAUUGGGCAGAAGAUUGAUGGUGCAAUCCCAGGGACGGUGAGGUGGUAGCUGUGAAGCUUUGCUCUUGCUGAACACAUCUGAAAAGCCCUGAUAGUAGGCAGGGAUUUUAAAACUGGAGGCGGAAGCUGGAUCUUCAGUAGAUGUUGCGAGACAUGGUUGAGGCAUAUUGACAUGCAUGCAAUGGUUUCGACAAAAUUCAGACCAGUGAGUCUGUUCUUCAUGAUUCCAGGAUAAUAUAGGAUCGUCAGAGGAUAGCCAGGGUUAUCCUAGGAUGAUUUCAUAUUAGGGUGAACCAAUGAUAAAGAAACAAAUGCUUUCUCUGUGGAACAAUCCAAUCUGUAACUGAGCAGGUGCUUUGUCGGGUUAAACCUCCCUCAAUGAGUUUAUUGUCGACAAUGAUGAUGCAAUGGGGGGCACACAAGGUACUGUACCUCCUGAUGAUAUCCUUGUUGACCAGAUUCAAGGCAGCACUAGAGUCAAUCAACUCUGUCAAAGUAAUGGGACCAUGUUUAGUAGUUAGCCGAACAGGAAUUAGAAAUUACUUUGAGAUUGGAAGAGAGAAUUGAGCUACACUCACCUUGCUCUGGGCUUUGUGUGGGAACUCAGCGUGUCGAUGGACUUUUUCACAACAGUAGUAGGACAGAUUCUGUUGGGGGCGUUGAGUUCUCUCUUCAUCAGAUAAAUGAGCAUAAUUUAUUUGCAUUGGCUCUUGGUGAUCAGAGGGUGCAGUGAGGGAGUUAAAAAUUGCCUGUCAAUUAGAUCUUCUGUUGGGUGUGUUUCUUAGCAAAUUAUCAAUCUUGAUGGCCAUGGUGAUGUAUUCACUUUUGCAUGCUAACUCAGCUGAAGCUCCAACUCCAACUCCAAAACUCUAUUUGAACAAAGCCUUCAAUGGCACAUCAUUCCAUCCACUUUGAGUGACAAGAGUUCUAAAUUCAAUUGCUAAAUCAGCAGCGGUGCGGUUCCCUUGUGACAUUUGAAGCAAUUGUGUAGAAAUAUCCUUGCCCCAAUAUUCAUAAUCAAAUAUUUCACAAAUUUGUUGUAACAGAUACUCAAAAGACAAUAAAAAGCGUGAAUCUGUCUCCCAAACCAUUGAACCCCAAAUAAAUCACUUUGCCAGAUAACAUGAAGAACGUGCAUUUACUUCCUUCAGAAGAAAACGUAUCUCUUUGGCUUUCCACAUAGAUACAGACUUCACGAAUAAACCUACAACAUUAUCCUGCCGAACCAUCAAACAUAUCCGGCAUUGCCAGUCUUACCGUUGAGGUGGAGGGCGAGGGAAGCGAAUUAAUGUAGUGGGUUAAAUGGUCAUGUGCGGAUUGCAGUUUGUUGAGUUGUUCCUGGUAAUUUUUCAACAACUCGCUCUGAUAAGCGAUAUCUGCUUGGAGCUGAGAAACCUCCGCUGGAUUCAUUGAUGGCAGAGUAUUCUAUAAUGGAGUUGAUGUGGAAGCUGAAGUAAAAUCCAUAUGUAGGGUUUAUUAAACAGUUCCACAAGUCCAAACUCAGUGUCAGUAAAGGCAAGCGGUGAGGUCAAUACACAAGGAGGCAGUAUGAACUGGCAAAAGGGCAAUCCAAAAGAGUAGUCAAGAGAAACAGGAAAACCGGUCAAACACGCGAGAACUAGACAGUGAAACAAACGCUUGGUAAGGCAGGGUAAAUUGGCAAUACUUUGCAAAGAUGCAAUGUGGUGGCCAGGUUAAUAUGGCCGCCAAACAGGAAGUGGCUGCAGAAGAAGAGCUCACAGUCAAAACUCAAGCAAGAGCUCCCUUUGCUGGCGUGGUUAAUGAGUUCCCUAUGACAUUCCAUAUGAAGGAAAGGCACAUCAGAAUUUUACACAAAGCACCAUGUUCCUGUUAUCAUCAAUGUCCACAUGGUUUGGUGUUUUUUUCUUUUCUUUUUUUUGCAAUAAGUGUCUGUUUCAUAUAGAUGUCUUGAGGUAUCAAACGCAAUACACUUAUUCUUAAAAUAUGCAAGCUCAUGUCUUAUUGUCACAAUAUUAUGCACAUUGGGAAUGUAUAUACUGAGGUGUACAGAAAAAUAAUAAUGUGAGAGAUUUGAGACAUUCUUUUUUUUAUAUAAAAAAAACUGUGACAUGACGUGUUUAUCCACACACCUCUAAUGCACUUAUUUAAAGAGACUAUAUCACUCUGGUUCUUAGGGUCAAGUGCACAAAGACAUUCAACUCCGGAUCCUCAGAGGAAAUAUGGAUCCUUAUAUCAGCUUUUUUGAACAGACAGAGUUAUUACGGAAAGAUUUUAGCUCCUUCAACUUGACAUUUUCAACUAAAGAGGAUUCAUAAAACAUGCUUUUGAUAUCUAAAUCACCAUGAACAACAGUUUGUGUGUCAUUCCACCUUUGUAAAUCAUACUUAAAACCUUUGAUGUUCACUUAUUUUGUGGUGAAGUAUAACAAAUGCCCUUACAAAAUACACAAUUACGAUUGCAAUACAAGAAUACAAGAAGCACACAGUUAGAUUUUGAGAGGACCUUUAACUACAAGGCAUCAGAUUGAUCUUAGAAAUAGCUGCUGCAGCUCACUGUUUUCUAGCACAUAUCAUGCAUCCAAGUGCAAUAUUUUGAUAAUGAUAAUGUGAUACAGGGAACACAGAUCAUGAAUGACAAUGCCUUUAGAGGGGAAGGAACCAAACCUGAUUUUUCAGGCUUGAAUUUUAAUGGUAUUGUGGGUGCUAAAUCUCAAACUUGAAAAGGUAGUUUGUGGACUUAUUACCUUAUUUGUUUUGUUCUUGCUUUUAGGGGAAACAUUGUAAAUUAAUAUUUGUUUUGUAGCACCAUUUCAUUUCAUUUCCCUUUUUUUUUUUUGUUGUGCCACAAAUUAUUGAAAGAUUUUUGUGUUUAAUAUGUGUAUACUGUAUUUAUGGAACUGCAGCAUUUCAACCAAGUAACCUGCUUAGAGAAAUAAAUUAAUCUAUGCUAAAAAUAGAAAUGUUAGAUUAUCAUGAGUAUACUGCAUGGUACAUCAUUUACAUGCAUUUGAAUCACCUAGUCUAUCUUGCUUAGGUCAGCCCUUUAUCCUUUUUAGCCUAUCUCUAUAUUUGAUGAGAUAUUAAGUGAACCUCAGAAAAUGGUGUAUAGAAUUCACAAUGUUGUAAAAUGCUGUAAGCAAUUUUUAAUAUCAUGCAUAAAAUGCUUACUACCUCACAAAAACACAGAAACAAGUAUGAGAAAUCCCACCUGUCCUACAUAAGCUGAAUCUGUUUUUGGAUUUGGGUUUGGUCAUUGGUUGAUGGCGGCUCAUCACCAGGUCAAUGAAUUGUAGUUACCAUAAUAAAAGGUUUUUUUUUUCAAA